UAACUCCAUCUACUGUAAGACAUGUUCCUGUUGCUGCUGACCCCAUCCAUCUCCGGCUCGGCUACAGCGCUCCCAGCAUGGCUCGGCUGCUGCGGGCAGGGCCGGCCGCUCACACACCUGCCUGCGGCCGGGCCCGCCCCGGCGAUGGGGGCAGCCGCCUCCGGCCUCGCACGGCGCCGCCGGAAUUCACCGCCCGGCAGCGGCUUCGCAUCGAGCUCUGCUGCUCGGAGCAAACCACUGCCAGUGCCGGGGAGGAGGAGGAGGAGGAGGAGGAGGGAGGGAUGAAGAGAAGGGGAGGCUCCCGGGGUCCCCGCCGAGGGGCCGGACGCUCUGAGGCAGCGGCAGACUCGGAGACGCGCAGAUACGGGUCCAUUGCGGCUGACAUCAGCCGCCUCCCACCCAGCGCCGGGCCCGGGUCUCGCCGGCGUGAUGUGCCCAGGAGGCGCGCCCGGCUGCCAUGGCUGCCCGCGGGGCCGGGAGCGCCCGUCCCCUCAGCGCCGCGGCCUCGCCGCUCUCCGCCCGCUCCGCUCGCUGCGGCCCCCGCGGCUGGCGGCGGGGCGGGCAGGGGGCACUCGGAGAGCAGCAAAAACGCCUUGCUCUCCCAGUGUCAGUCACCGGUUUGCACGGUGCAUGGUCCCAGUUCACCCAGGGCGGGGAUGUGAGAGCCCUCCAGCCUCGACGUGGCUCUUCCUGAGCUGGGACCGAAGGCUGAACCACCUUUCAUGGCUCCUGCACACAGGUCCCUGGUGGCAGUGUCCAGUGCCAGGGCCUGUGCCCAGCGCUCCGUUUGUCACCUCUCUCAGCUGCAGGCCUGUGGUGCUCCCAGGUGCCCACACCUGCGCCGUGGUUGGGAACCGGGUCUGCUUCCCAAUGUCCCACGAUCGUGAGGCUUGGCUGCGUGGCUGUGCAGCGUCAGGCAGAGACAGCAGGAUCAUGGCCCCAUCUCCUGCAACACCACAGCACAUGGGGCUGCCCAGAAGGCCUGACCACCCCCAGGCCAAGGGAGAUGCUUCCAGAGGCAGUGCCAGGCCAGCACAGUCAGCCCCCAGGGCAAUGCAGGAUAUCUACAGACACGCGGAGAGGUGGGGGACUGCUCUCAAACCUUUCCCAGACAGUCCCAACUCUUUCGCCUGUGCUAGUAUCUUCUGGCUUCUUCUACCACUGCUUGGCCAGCCAGCCACCCAGCCCUGCUCGUAUGUGUAAGAUCUCUCAUAAGAAAUGUAUAAGAAUCCCAAAAAUACACAAAUAAGGACUGGAAGGGACUUGAGUGAAUCAGGCCCAGUCACUGUUCUCACAAACCACUGUAUCUGAUGAGGGUUUCAUGCUGAAGAUCCAGAGGCUGCUAGUAAAGAGCUCCUAGGGCUCCAGAAGGCAGCUGAAAGUCCUGGAGUUCCACCCCGAUAGAGACUGAUAGGGACUUCCCAUUCCUAGUUCAAAGGUAUUCAUGGACAUCAGUCAGCCAAUUGUUCUUGCACCAUUCAGUUCCUUUAGUUCAAAUAAAUUAAUAUCUGCCAUCACUCUUUAAAUUUCCAGUCUUUAUUUUUGAAGGCUGAAUAGAGCAAACCCUCAAUCCCUUUGCAUCACGACAGCCAGAACAACCCCAAGAGUUUUUUCCAUGUACCAGUUUUAACCCAAAUCAAACCCUUCCUGAAAAUGGGAGGUUUUUGGCCAUACUUCUUUCAAACAGGGAAAUCAUCAAACAGGGUUCCUUAGAAUGGCAAUUAAAGUGCCCAGACCUGAGCCCUGCUCCUUGCAACUGCACAUACCCUGUUGUUGCUGUGAUGUAUAGACAGUGCAUUCCCAUUUAUCUCUUUUUAUAAUCCACAUGGAGUGACCUGGAUGAAUUGGACCAUCUGGAAAGCAGAGUUACUCACAGCCCAUCACCUCCACCUACCUGCUUUGCUCAAACUGAGACAUUUAGAAACAGGCAAAGUGAAACCAUUUGCUUGUCUAUGGGAUUACUCAGGCCAACAUUUUCCACAUGGGAGCAGCUGAAAAUCAUCCUGAUGAGCCCCUGCAGCCUCUGUCAGAAACAAACCCCUCAAGGCACAUCAACAAAAGCAAGGAGCACAGGUUGGCUGCUCUCCUCUUCACAUGUCUCAUUAGAAGUGUAGCUCACUGGCACCUCAGGCUCCUUCUCACUCAUCCUGGACCAAAGCACUGAGCAGAAGAAUGUCAGCCACGGUGGUUCAUCCUGACAGUGCAAACACAGCCACACACCCAGAGAUGUCUUGUCCCAGCAUGCGGAGGCAGGUGGGAUGCAAAGAUUUGGGGCUGACCCUGCUGAACCUCAGGGCAAGCACAGCCUCUCCAUACAAUUAACACAGGAAAACCAAACCCUUCCCCUCUCCCCAAAUUUUGGCAGAGUAGUGCUUGGAGAACUUGCCUGUGCCUGCCUCAGGGGACCCCUUCACACACAUCCUCACAGAAGAGGCACUCCAGAGUAGAGCCAAGCGUGGUCACCCCUGCUCGGCUGCAGUAAACAACAGCUUGAGAAUCCUCAGAAAAAUACCCUGGGCAGCAGACUUAGCCUCCUGGGACACAGGUGUCUCCCUGCUUCCUGCACAUGGGUGACUGCUCCCUGAAUGCCAAGUCUCCCAACCCAUCUGCUCAGGAGUGUGUUAAUUCUUGUUUCACUAAUUCCAAGCAAAUGCUAAUGACUGACAGUGAAGCCUUUGCCUAUGAUCGAUUGUGAGCAGCUCCAGCUCCUGCUGCUGGGCAGUGACUUUCCUCUGCAAGUGUCCCAGCUGUGCUCCUGCCCCUGACCCCGCAGCCUGCAUUGCUGACAAUACCACUUCAAAGCUGAAAUUUUCAGAAAGGUUUGGAUGGCGAAGCUGGGCCACUCAUGAGCCCGUGCAAGGGGCAGCAACACAAAUUCCAUGCUGGAAUUCAGUCAGAGAGAGAAAUGGUUUUCUUGUCAUUCGCUCUGCUCCCAGUGCUUCAGGGCAUGUGUCACCACGUGUUUGAGCACGGCCGCAUCCACGCACAUCCGAAAUGAGUUACGUCUGCUCCCUGCUUCCAGAGAUUCCCUCUGACCACUCCAGAUGCAGGGACGUCUCAAAGCAAGCCUGUUUAAUCCGGGGGGAGCAAGGGGCUGGCUUCUGGGUUACAGCAUAUGAAUGCUGGAGCAGUGAUAACAUUUCAGUUCUUAAAAGCAUUGAGAAGCUGCCCCACAGACUCCCCAUCCCAGCACCGGCUGGGAGAAAGACUCGAACUGAGCACUGAAAAGACACAAAAUCUUCCUUGCUUCAGGUGUUCAGAAUACGGCAAAUUACUUUAUCACCCAAAUAAAUGUCAUCUGGAAUAUUGGCUUGAGCUGUUGAAAUACCACAGAAAUUAAACUGGCAGCAGGGCUGCAGCAAACAGGCUGUUGCUGUUGCUGCAUUUCCCUGCAGACAAAUGGCCAAGUACCUGCUGAGUCACUGCAUGGAGCCUAACAGGUUUAACAGUGCAAAGUCAAGAACGCAACCUAAACUCCAGAUUAGAUAUUCUAGAAACGCUCUGAGUUUUAAGUGUGCUUUUUGGGCAUGCCCACUCUGUGAUUAUGUUUAUAUUUAUUGUAUCAACAGGACCGACGCUGCCCCCACCACGCCAAACAGUUGCUCAAUGAGAUUAGGAGUCCUUCAGCGGCGCUAAUUAGUGCUUACGCAAGCAGGGAUUUCUCCAAGCCCUCGGGGCUGCUGCCUGGAGGUGAGGAUGCUCCCGGCUCUGCAGGCGCUGCCCUGCCACAGGGUCGCGCAUUGAAGUCCCUGCUCUGCUGCUGCGACAAAAAAGUUCCUCCCUUUGUCCUCCCGAGGGGCUGCCCGGGUUCAGACGGGGUUCUGCAGGUGAGGAGGAGGUGGGGGGAGUGAGGACAGGCGAGAUUUGGUCUCCUAAGCACCAUUAUAAGGGGACUUUUCAGAACGCCACUGUCCCAUGAUGUGAGACAUCCCCGCUGCUUUCAGCUGGAGACAAUGCCAGGGUGACAUUUGGGGACAGCGGCUCCAGAGGAUUCAGGCUGGCUUGAACAAAACAUGCCAGUUCUCAUUUAGUAACCAGACAGGUUCUAAGACAGGAAAACCAGUCACAAACCCUUUCACACCUGGACAGUGCAUUCCCCUGCAGAACAAACACCUGGACCUUGCUUAGGAGGAGAUUUGGGCCCACGGACACAGGAACAGCACUGCAGAGCCUCCAUCCACACAGGAGCUCUGCUGCCUUACAAGAAGCAUGAGAUGCCUGUGAAAAAACCACUACAUAAUUUUAAAAUUCAAAAUAAGACAACAGCACAAAAGGCUUGUGGAGCAGCUUGUUAAAAUGAAGAGAAACACACAGCAAUGGGACAAGCAGUGGUGACUCCAGGACACCCAGCAUCCCUGCUAGGGACUCCAUAAGCCAGUGACUUGGAUGACAUAAUGCUUUAUGCAGGGAACUCAGGAAGGAGGAACGUGCCUGUCUGCUUUUCCACUUUCCCUCAUGUUACCCUGCCAAAGUAAAGCUUAUGAAAGUUGGGCUUAACGAUUUUGCCUCAAAAGAGGGUAUUUACAUCCUUAAGAGCAUCUGGCAUAAUUCUGUAUUUCAUCUUCCUUUCAAAGGAUAAUGCAGCUUCUAAAAAUUCCCUCCAAGAGCCAUUAUGAUUUUAUGCUGCUCCUGAUACAAUAAACAACUUCAUUUGUCAGGCUCCAGGCAUUUUGCAAAGAAGCCAGCAUGACAAUUUACAUCUUGCAGAAAGGAACCUGAAGCAGCACAGCUUUCCUAGCAGCAACCAAGACAGCCUGGGAGACACCCACACUGGCCCUGCAGCCUCCACUCUGCAAUGCCCCCAUUCCUACACAGCCACAGGAUGACCCAACCCUCUGGUAAUCCUCUGCCUGGAAGUGUUUAGAAACCUGACCGUGCCAUCCAUGGUGGUUUUAAAGUCCCAGUCUUCACAAGUGUAAGAAACUGGCAACGCAUUUUGCAAAUGAGCUCAA